AUGGGUCUGCACAGCGCGGAGUUCGCAUGCUCGAUAUGUCACAGAAGUUUCCAAUCGAAAUCGUCGUGGUACGCGCACCGCGGCACGCACGCGGGCCAGACGACGUGCCCCGUGUGCGGCAAGUUCCUCAGUCGUCUGGCCGACGUGCGCCGCCACAUGAACCUGCAGCACAACCUGGCCAGGGACGCCGUCACGCCCGACUUCCGUUGCGGCCGGUGCGCGGCCGCGUUCCGCAGCUACGAGUCGCUGCUGCACCACCACAAGACGCACGAAGGCCUGACGCGGUGCCCGCUGUGCGACACGUGCCUCAACCGGGUAUCGGACCUGCGCCGCCACAUGGGCCGCGUGCACAAGCUGGAGCGGCCUCAGCCGCGCCGCACGCUCGACAUGCUGCAGCAGUACACGGAGCGCGCCACGCAGGCUCUCGAGACGGGCAGCAUCUACCGACAGGUGUUCUGGAAUUGGUGA